UCCUCUUACUAACUGCGUAUUUAAGGUUCUAAACUCCUGCCACGAUUCAUCUAAUGAUGGGGCGAUCAACUUUCCAGCGAGGAAGCAAAAUAUACAAGUGGUCUCCAUUUGUUCUAAAAUGUCCAAAACAAAAACAAGUGGUCUCAUUUUCUUUAUAUUUUUCUUUUAUGACAUUUCCCUUCCUCAUGCAGUUCCCAUCUGAAAUCGCCAUAUUAACCGCAUAACCCCUCACUGACUCACUCACUCACAUUCAGACAGACAGACAGAGCCUCAGCUUCACUUCCUUCUCUAGUUCUCUACCUCUUUCCCUCUGCUCUCGCUACAUGGACAUGGAGAGUGAGCCGUCCAUGCAGACGCAGUCCUCCUACCUCUCGGGCUGCAUCGGUUCCCCGGCGUGGCUGCCGGCCGUGCACCGCAGCCCCGCGCGCUUCCACCUCCUCGCGCGCGACGACGGCGGGCGGCGGGCGUGGCGGCGGCUGCUCCGGCGGCUGGUGCGGGAGAGCAAGAGCAUGUGCAGCAGCCCCAGGCCCAGCAGGACCAUGGGCCAGCCCACCUUCCAGUACGACGCCGCCAGCUAUGCCAAGAACUUCGACGACGGCCGCCGCCCCUCCUCCGCCUCCGCCGCCGCCGACGGCCCGGCCGCCGGCUAGCUAGCUAGCAGCUGGCCUACGGAGCUGAGAGAGAGGAGUUCAGGGCACCUUUUUCCUUUUGUUGGUUCGCUUGUAGCUGUUGUUCUAAUUGAGAUGGUAGUUGCGAUGUUGUUGUCGAAUUAAGUCUCGCCAGAACAUUGGUUGCUUGUACAGAGGAUGCAGAUAGCAAAGUUUUCUUGUCGAGAGUCCAGACGCGUCCUAAUCUGCGUGUCUCCAUAUCGA